AUGGCGAUUCGGCAAAAGUCGCGCCUAUUUCGUCCCGAGCCGGUGCCGGCGCAGCAGAUUCGACAUCGACGGCGAGAAGUAACGAGCCGGGCUAUUUCGGACCCGUUCGCGUUCUCGUUUGACGAUGGAGAGGCGAACGAGGAAGGGGAUGCGGCGGAGAGCAAUGGCUACGGCGGCAACGAGCGAGACCCGGAGGCGGACACCCUAGCAGCCCUCGACUGGCCCGCCCUCUGCGCCACCCUCGCCUCCUUCGCCGCCACCUCAUACGCGCGCCGCCUGCUGCUCUCCCUGCGGCCCCCCAAAGCACCCUCCCAGGCCCACCCCACACUCGCCCUCCCCCCUCGCACUCACACCCACUCAGUAAAAGUCCCCUUAGAAAUAGCCCCUUCAGAAGAAAAUCUCCCCAUGUGGGGGUAUGCAGAGGUACAGGAGCAUUGCGAGGGGCUGCUGGAGGAGACAGCCGCGGCGAUUGAGCUGGAGGAGAGGGCCGGGGGCGCUGUGGACCUCAGUGGCGUGAAUACCUCGUUAGUGGGCGAUGCGUUAAGAGUGCUGGGGCGCGGGAUGAGCGUGAGCGGGCGGCAGGGUGCUGCUGUGGCUGCGAUGAUGGUGGCGGCGAAUGGGGUGCGGCGCGGGGUGAUGGACGCUGUUGCUGAGGUGGAGCGAGGAGGAGAGGGGGGUGGAAGGGAGGCGGGUGAGAAAAGCCGCCUGCACAUUCUUCUGGACAUGCUCAAGCCCAUGGCCACCAGACCAGACUUGGUUCGGCGCAUCUGGUCUGUCGUGGACGAGGACGGGCAGGUUCGGGACACAGCGAGCGCGGAGGUUCGGCAGGCCCGAGCUGCGUUGAGCAGACAGCUGAUGAGUGCUGGGGAGGGAAACUCGUCCGGCCUUGUCAUGAAAUCCUCAUCGCCUUCUCUUGCAGUGAUAGAGCCCACAUCAGCGGUCCAGCUGAACAACCGGUACAGCGAGGCCAGAGCGGAGGCAUGGCGUGCAGAGCAGGCAGUGCUGGCGGUGCUGUCCCGGGAGAUGGGCGAGGCGGUGGGCGACGUGCAAGGGGUGCUGGAGGCGAUGGUUCGACUCGAUGUGAUCAUAGCGAGAGCACGCUACAGCAGCUGGCUUGGUGCCUCUCGCCCGUCCUUCACCCCUCUUGCUGAGGGUCUAGGGUUUACCGUCACCACCACCCCUUCCUCUCCUAAUGCCACGUCACCUGAACCUGCCACGUCAACAGUAACUGCCACAUCAGUAGACCCUGCCACGUCAGCUGCACCAGCCACGUCAGCAGUACUCUCUUCUCCGCUUGUGGACGUGCAUUCCCUCCGCCACCCUCUCCUCCUCCAGCAGUACCGCACCGCCCAGAAACGAGCCAAUCAGAGGCUGCAGAAAGCAAAGCGGGCGGCAAAUAGGCUGCGCAUGCGACCCGGCAUGGCAGCCACUGCAGCUGCAGCAGAACAAAGGGUAGCAGCAACAGCGGUAGCAGCAGGAGCAGGAGCAGGAGCAGGAGUGAGUGGUGGAGUGGGGGAGGGUUCCCCUGGAGGGUGGGUGACACAGCUACAGGCAGCAGAGAGGGAAGUGAGGGAGGCAGAGGAGGACGUGGAGCGAGCAGAGAUGGCAGUGCCCGUGCCCAUAGACGUGACAGUAAGGAGGGGUUGCCGUGUGGUGACUAUAACGGGGCCCAACACCGGAGGCAAGACGGCUGCCAUCAAAGCAGUGGGGCUCGCAGCUCUCAUGGGGAGAUGUGGCAUCUACGUCCUCGCAGCAUCACCCCCCCGCCUGCCCCUCUUUGACCUCGUGCUGGCCGACAUCGGCGACGCCCAGUCACUCACGCAGUCCCUCUCCACCUUCUCCUCGCACCUCGUCCGCAUCAGAAGCAUCCUGGAAGCUGCCACGCCACGCUCCCUCGUGCUCUUGGACGAGCUAGGAGCAGGCACGGACCCGAUAGAAGGGGGCGCUUUGGCCACAGCAGUGCUAGAGCAUCUAGCAGGGGGGUCGGAAGAAGGUUCAGGCGAAUCUUCAGGUGUUUCUUCAGGUGGUGCUCUGCUGACCAUGGCUACAACGCAUCACGGGCAGCUCAAGACGCUCAAAUACAGGGACGGGCGCUUUGAGAACGCAUCAGUGGAGUUUGACGAUGAGCGCCUGGCUCCCACGUACCGCCUCCUGUGGGGCAUCCCGGGGCGAUCCAAUGCGCUCAACAUAGCGCAAAGGCUCGGACUGCCCGGAGAAAUCAUUUCGGCUGCCCGGGAGCUGCAAGGCAGUGCAAAGAUGCAAGUGAAUGAGGUAAUAACAGCAAUGGAGGAAGCUAAAAGGGCGUAUGAGACUGAUGUGCAGGCCACUGCCUCUAUUCUAAGGUGGGUGGGGGAGUGGGUGUGGGUGGGUGUGGGCGUAGAUGGGGGAGUGUGGUUUGUAUGUGGGUGCAUGUGGGUGCAUGUGGGUGCAUGA